GAAGUCAUACUAAAAACAGGAAGUCUUUGUCACACACAGACCAAGAUCCGAUGUCCUCCCUGGCUGGGCUUGUGGACUCUGCACCAUGAGAAAGAGAUUUCUAAGGUUGCUGCCAGGACUCUCAGUGCUGCUGUUGUUGCCAUUGGGAGCUGCAGCCCUGAGUUCUGGAGCCUCUGCCUCCGCAGCCUCUGUCCCUCCAGGCUGUGCUCCCUGGUGCCCUCAGAACUCCACAUGUAUCAAUGCCACUGCCUGUCGCUGCCGUCCAGGAUUCAGCUCCUGGUCUGGGGAGAUCAUCACCAACCCCGCGGACAGUUGUGACGAUGUCGACGAGUGCAGCUCUGGUCAGCACCGGUGCCACAACUCCACCGUCUGCGUCAACACCAUGGGCUCAUACAGGUGCUGCUGCCGCCCAGGGUGGACACCCCUGCCGGGGUUCCGGGACAACCAAAACACCACCGUGUGCGAAGAGAUGUCCUUCCCCACCUGGACUCCGCCCCCCGGAAUCCAGAGCCAGAGUCUCUCCGGCUUCUUUGAAGGAGUCCAGGAUCUGCGCAGACACUUCAAGCCAGCCUCGGCCCAGAACACCGUCCGGGUAGUGACAGGACCCAGGGGCCCAGGACAGUCCCCUGCGGUGUCUGGGGGAUGCUUCCGUGACCUCAUCCAGUCAGUGGACGAGCUGCUAAAAGCCCCCGGGGACCUGGAGACCCUGGCCCUGCCUGACCGGCACCACACGGUCACCCACCUGCUCUCGGGCCUGGAAGAAAUCCUGAGGACCCUCGCCAAGGCCAUGCCUGGAGCCUCCUUCACCUACCAGUCUUCUGAAGGCACAGAGCUGUCCCUGGUGAUCCAGGAGCAGGGACACGGGAAUGUCACCCUGGGCCAGAGCCACGCACGGAUGGUCCUGGACUGGGCCAUGGCGGCCGGGGCUGUGGGGUCGGGCCCUGCCGUGGCGGGCAUCCUCUCCAGCCCCAACAUGCAGAAACCGCUGGCCAACGCCUCCCUGGAGCUGGACCCCGAGAGGCAAGCCGAGCUGGAAGAGACCCACGACAGCCCCCUCCGCGGCAUCCAGUGGAGGCUCCUCUCGGCCGUCAAGUCAGUCCUUCUGAGCAACACGAACACGACGAAACUCGACCCCAAGGUCACCGUCAUCUUCUCCCACCGUCCAGAGACGCCCGGGACACGGCAGGAGCUGAUCUGUGCCUUCUGGAAGGGAGCUGGCCACGGGGGCGGGCACUGGGCCACCACAGGGUGCCGGAGGCUGGGCAGCCGGAACGGCAACACCACCUGCCUGGGCUUGCCGGGCAGCAUGGCCAGCCUGGUGAACCCCGAGGAUGUGGAGAAGGAGGAUCCCGUGCUGGAUGUGAUCACCUACGUGGGGCUGAGCCUCUCUCUGCUGUGCCUCCUCCUGGCAGCCCUCACCUUCCUGCUGUGCAGAGCCAUCCAGAACACCAGCACCUCCCUCCACCUGCAGCUCUCGCUCUGCCUCUUCCUGGCCCACCUCCUCUUCCUCACGGCCAUCGACCGAACGGAGAUCAAGGUGCUGUGCGCACUCAUCGCGGGCGCCUUACACUAUCUCUACCUGGCCUCCUUCACCUGGAUGCUGCUGGAGGGCCUGCACCUCUUCCUCACUGCACGAAACCUGACGGUGGUCAACUACUCCAGUGUGAGCAGGUUCAUGAAGUGGCUCAUGUUCCCUGUGGGCUACGGCGUCCCGGCCGUGAUCGUGGCCAUUUCUGCAGCAUCCAGGCCUCAUCUCUAUGGAACAUCAACCCGCUGCUGGCUCCGCUCAGAAAGUGGAUUUAUAUGGGGCUUCCUUGGACCAGUCUGUGCCAUCUGCUCUGUCAACUUAGCUUUCUUUCUGAUGACUCUCUGGAUGUUGAAAAGCAGACUGUCUUCCCUCAACAGUGAUGUGUCCACCCUGCAGGACACAAGGAUGCUGACUUUUAAAGCUACAGCUCAGCUCUUCAUCUUGGGAUGCACGUGGUGUCUGGGAAUCCUGCAGGUGGGUCCAGCUGCCCGUGUCAUGGCCUACCUCUUCACCAUCAUCAACAGCCUGCAGGGCGUCUUCAUCUUCCUGGUGUACUGCCUCCUCAGGCAGCAGGUUCGGGAACAAUACGGGAAAUGGUUCAAAAGGGUCAGGAAACCCAAAGCUGAGUCUGAGACUUUCACGCUUUCCAGCAGAGCCAUGUCUGAUGCCUCCAAACCCAUCACGAUCUGAGCUGCAGCAGGCACCAUGCUGCUUUUCCUUCCUAUUGCAUCCUCAGCAUUUCACACAAGGCCAGGCCUGUAGAAAUGCUCAACGCAUAAUUGCUGCAUGACUGAUCACAUUAACGAACGAACAAACUGCAGCUGCAGAAGAGGCAAGAAUUGUCUUGUUUUCAAUCUCUCCACGUCUAACACUUCCCAAGUGCUCAAUAGUUACUUACCGAACAAAUGAACGAAUGAAUGAAUGAACUUCCUGAUCAUGAUGGAGGUAAAAUAUUAGAAUAAAUUAUUGAUCAGUUUAAGGUGCCUCUUUCUCUUGGGAAUUUCAAGAUAAUUCUCUGCCUUACUUAUUGUUUUGUUAUUAACCAUCAUGUCUACCUGUUAACACCCUAAUAUUUCUUUAUGA